AAGUUCUUUACCCAAACAGUUGUUGCCUGCGUGCGCCGACACGAGUGUGCCGUAAGUGGAGUUAAGACGGAAACUUAGGAAAGGAAAGCGAAUGGACCGACAAACACGAAUAUAAGCUGACAACGGAGACACAGCCGGGGUGUCAGGCCUACUGUUUCAGGUUUUUGGCAAUGGAUCCCAACAAUGAGACCCAGAAGAUGACUCCUUACCUUCCAGACAGCAACUCCUCUGAGGCCCAGAAACUGGCCCCAUCCAAAGGUGCAGGCUGCAGCUGGCUGGUGCUAGUGGCGGCUGUAGCGGCCUCUCUCAGCGGCCUGAUGCUGGGCUAUGAAAUGGGCCUGACCUCUGGAAUCCUGCUGCAGCUGCGGGGCCUCCUCUCUCUCUCCUGCCAGCAACAGGAACUGCUGGUCAGUUCCCACCUGGUCGGCGCUCUCCUCAUCUGCCUAGCUGGAGGUCCUAUUUUGGAUCGUUACGGUCGUCGCUGCUCUUUGCUCCUGAGCGCCACCCUAGUGGUCGUGGGGAGCAUCCUGCUCAUUGCUAUUACCUCACUUGUUUCACUCACCCUGGGCCGCGUGAUAGUCGGCAUGGGAACAUCACUGUCUGGGACAGCAGCGUGUCUGUACAUUGCGGAGAUUUCGCCAAGGGAGCGGAGGGGUCUGCUGGUGACGCUGUAUGAGCUGAUGUUGGUUGUGGGUGUUAUGCUGGGAUUCAGCUGUAGUUACGCCUUUGCUACUCUGCCCCAUGGCUGGGCGUAUACAUUUGGACUAGUGAUACCCCCAGCACUGCUGCAAAUCAGUGUGCUUGUUUUCCUGCCACCCAGUCCACGCUUCCUGGUUGCACAGGGUAAAGUGGAACAGGCCAGGAUAGUGCUGGCCAGAAUGAGAGGUGGGAUUCAGGAGCAUGUGGGAGUGGAGCUCAGAGACAUCCAGGCUGGACUUAAAGAGGAAUCAGAGCAUAGUUUCUGGGAGCUGUUCAGUGCCAAGGCCAACUUACGUUCACGGCUGCUAACAGGCGUGGUUUUAGUCUUCCUUCAGCAAGCUACUGGUCAGCCGAAUAUCCUCUCCUAUGCUUCACCACUUCUCCGCAGUGUUGGCUUCAACAGUGACGCCGCAGCAACACUGGCCUCCACAGGAUUCGGAGUGGUCAAAGUGGUUGGCACCAUCCCAGCCGUGUUGCUGGUCGACCGCGUGGGACCGAAGAGUUUUUUGUGUGUGGGCGCUGUUGCGAUGGGAAUGUCGCUAGUUGCACUUGGUACGUUGACGCUGCAAAGCCACACUCACCUCACCAGCCUGUGUAAAAGUCAGACUAUACUAAACCACACGCGCACACAGUGGGAUUUAAACAGAACCACUGUAGACUUUGAUGAGAGCGGCAUUUUUUCUACUCACCUCCCUAGCCAGUGGAACAGUGAGGCGACUCAGGGGACUAACAGAGAGGGUAUUGGGAUUGGGGACUCCACAGGAGGAGAGACUUUUGUGGAAGCGUUUUCCUCACUGAAGUUGGCAUCACUAAUCAGCUUGCUGGUGUAUGUGGCAGCCUUCUCCAUUAGCCUCGGGCCAAUGGUGUAUGUGGUUCUCAGUGAAAUCUUUCCGAUGGGAGUCCGAGGCAGGGCUGUGUCUGUGGUGUCAGCCGUAAACUGGGCCACUAACCUGCUCAUCUCCAUGACCUUCCUCACAAUUACAGAAAAGAUUGGUGUUCCCAAUGUGAUGUUCCUCUACUCUGCCAUGAGCUUUGUUCUAUUGGUGUUUGUCAUCCUCUGUAUCCCUGAGACCAAAGGUCGUACGCUUGAGGAGAUAUCAAAAGAACUGGCUAAGAAGAAGAAUUUUGAGGUGAGGCUUUGUAAGCAAGCUCAGUCCCAGAAGAGCCUGAUCAGCAGCAGCACAUCCACAGAGAUUCCAGCAAACGUCCAACUCCCUUAACAGACCACAACAGUACACCUCAAGUUGCUCUUGAUCCAGAAAGACUCUAUGAGGACAACUCAGGGUUCGUUUCUGCUUGUUAAAGGGCAUUAAAAAAGGGUCAACAGUAGGGAUUGAAUAUGUGAUUAUACAAGAGAUGAUUAGUGUUUGUGUCCUGAGGUAGAAGGAGAUGAGUUACACAGCUCUUGCUCGGUGCAUGUGGAGUUCAACUCUUUGAGUGAUUAUGAAGAAAGUGUGAGUUAUUAACCUUUUUGGUAUUUGUGUUUUGGGUAAUUGAAAAUUGCAAGUCAGCACUGGUCUGACAAAAUGGACAUCGGCCCUUGUGCAGUCAGCCACUACCUCAGUCUGAUGGAGGAGGUUCAUGGGGACAUGGUGGCAGCACUAGGAGGGGGUGACACCCUCAGAAUACUACCUCUUCCCCUAGAUGAAAAAGGAACUCAGCGGUCGAGAGUCACAAUGAAGUUAUCACUGCUGUGGACCACUUUCUGGUGGUGCAAGGUACAGACUUCUACAAAGAAGGGACCUGUAUACUUCAUGACUGCAGGACUAAGUUUGUAAGUGUAGGAGGGACCCAUGCUGAAAAAUAAAUGUCUUAGGUUUUGUAAAAGUGACUCCUUGUACCUUAGGCCAUGAAACUAUCAAUCAUCCCUUAUGUAAAAUACUACAUGCAACAUUUAAUUCCUUCCCUGUUCAGAAAUACAUCUGAAAUUAUACCGAAAACAUUUUCUCUUUCUCCAAGCAAUAUUUUAUCCUCCGUCAACCAGGAGAAAAAAUGAUGUUUUGCCUGUUUUGACUUGAUUUUGUAUUGAACAUUUACACAAAAUUGCCUGUUUUUGAUAACAGUGAACUCAAAGAUGUACUA